GUUUUUUUAAGAAUGUCUUCACUCUCAUUAUCAAGUGUUACAUAUUCGAAGUAGAAGAAUUAUAUAAUAAAUGAAAUUGGGAUAUUCAAAUAUCGAACAAUGGAAUUAAAAAAAAAUAUUGAAGAUGGUGGCAUUCAAACACAAACAAAACUUGCAUAUCCAAAGUGUAUAUUUUUUAUAAUUAGCAAUGAAGUUUGCGAGCGAUUUAAUUUCUACGGAAUAAGGACCAUUCUGUAUCUCUACAUGACUGAUAAAUUGAAAUUGGAUCCAAAUACGGCAACCGUACAGUUUCAUGCUUUUAGUAUGUUUGUGUAUUUCACGUCAAUCUUCGGUGGCAUAUUGUCUGACGUUUGGUUGGGAAGAUAUCGUACAAUUUUAAGUUUAUCAAUUGUAUAUGCUGUGGGCAGUUUAUUAAUUUCAAUCGUGGCAAUUCCAUCGAUUAAUAUUUCAGCUACAGGAGCUUUGUAUGUUGGUUUAGCGUUUAUUGCUAUUGGCAGUGGUGGAAUAAAGCCAUGUGUUUCGGUUUUUGCCGGCGAUCAAUUCAAACUGCCUGAACAGUCUGCAGAACUGGAUACAUUUUUUUCGUGGUUUUAUUUUGCAAUAAAUCUAAGUGUUCUCAUAUCAUCAUUUCUUACGCCAUUUUUACGAGAAAAUGUCCAUUGUUUCGGUGAAAAUGAUUGUUAUUCAUUGGCUUUUGCAGUUCCCGCAUUUCUAAUGAUCAUUUCGAUUGUUUUUUUAAUAAUCGGCAAGCAUUGGUACACAAUGAAACCACCAUCGGGAAAUAUUCUGUUUCAAAUAAUGAAAUGUAUAACGAAUGCUAUUUUGGUGAAAAUUCGUUUGUGGGGCGGCGAUUCACGUGAACAUUUUCUUGAUUAUUCAAUUGAAAAGUACGGACAACAAUUGGUUGAUGAUACAAAAAUGUUGCUGGAAAUUGUACUGAUUUUCGUUCCAAUGCCACUAUUUUGGUCUUUAUUCGAUCAAAUCGGCUCGCGUUGGGUAGAGCAAGCUACCAAAAUGAAUGGCAACAUUGGAUGGUACAAAAUUUUACCAGAUCAAAUGCAAAUGCUGAACCCCUUUUUGGAUUUGGCUUUCAUUCCGACGAUGGACUUUUGGAUUUAUCCAAUUUUAAAUAAAUUUGGCAUUCGAAGCCAAUUGCAAAAGCUUGCAAUUGGUGGUUUUUUCGGUGUAAUUUCAUUUGCUGCAUCAGCUAUGGUUCAAUGGCAAGUUGAGGUAAAACCAGACGAAGUACACAUUUUAUGGCAAAUACCACAAUAUGUAUUUAUUUCUUUGGGCGAAAUCUUAUUUACCAUUCCUGCACUAUUGUUUGCUUAUGAGAAAUCACCAGACAGCAUUAAAUCACUGGUACAAGCCCUUUUGUGGUUAACUAGUGCCUUCGGAAGUGCUAUUGUUGCACUUAUUGCCAGUAUUAACUAUUUUAAUUCACUUACUUAUGAAUUUCUAUUAUUUUCCGUGCUAAUGUUAAUUGAUAUUAUUGUUUUCAUGAUCUUAGCCGCAAGAUUCCAACGACGAGAAAAGAGUCUCACAGUUUAACAUAGCCAUUUUUAUGAUAUUCUUCUUGACGUUUUUUAGUACAGAAUUCAGAGUAAAAAGAGCGAAAAAGAAUAUUUCUCAGAACAAUAUGUGCGAGGAGGAGCGCGCAGAGGAGCCGGAGUAGCAAAAUAUUAAAAGUUAAUAAGUAUGUAAAAUCAUAAUAUUAAUAUUCGAUAAUUAUCAAUUUGAAUAAU